AUGGUUUGCAAUAUAAACAAUUUUUGUUACGUUUGUGGCCAUUUCACGCCACAAAGGACAAAACAUGGAUACUUUAGUGAAAAAUUUAAGUUUGCCUACGAGAAAUACUUUAAUCUACCACUUAUUUCCAACGUGAUUUGGGCACCAAAUAUCGUUUGCAAAAAGUGUUACUCUGAUCUUUUGAAUUGGAUGCAUAAAAUAAAACCAAAUUUGUCGUUUGGAGUGCCGAUGAUCUGGACAAACCCUGGUAAUCAUGAUCCAUCUAAUUGUUAUGCUUGUGCAAAUUCAGGUUGCUUAAUGAACAGAAAAAAAAAUAAGAACAAAGAGUAUCUAGGGGUCUCUAGUGCUCAAUUACCAUUACCACAUACAGAAAACAUUCCAGUGCCAAGAACACCGAGCCCAGACGUGUUAUCAGGUACCACUUUUGAAACUAAAUGGGAUGAUGGUAUUUCUCUGUAUGUACCCGGGCCAAGUUUAUCUAAGGCGCCAAUUUUAGUUACUCAAAAUAAGCUGGACUCCAUAGUUGCAAAAUUAGGACUUUCACAACGUAAAUCAGAAGAAUUGGCUUCAUUUUUGAAUUCAAACAAUCUGUUGGAGCCUGGAACAAAAGUCUCGGCAUAUAGAAACCGCCAAGGGAGACUGCAAAAAUGUUUCACAACGAAUAAAGAGAAAACAGCUGCAUACUGCAAUGACGUCGAAAGACUCAUGAGAGAAAUGGACAUCCAGUACAGAGCAGAUGACUGGAGACUGUUCAUCGACAGCUCCAAAUUAAGCUUGAAAGCAGUAUUACUUCAUAAAACAAACACAAAACCAUCGGUAUCUAUUGCCUACAGUAUUGAAACAAAAGAAACUUACGACUCAUUAAGAACAAUACUACAAAAUGUUGAUUACGACAAAUAUAAAUGGCGAAUAUGCUGUGACUUGAAGGUUGUUGCAAUUCUUCGUGGGUUGCAAACAGGUUACAUAAAAUAUAUGUGUUUUAUUUGCGAUUGGGACUCCAGAUAUAAAGGCGACCAGUAUACAAACCACUCAUGGAAGAGUAGAGGAUUGAGCAAACACGUGAACGCCAACGUCAUUCAAGAUCCUUUGGUACCACAAGACAGAGUCUUAUUGCCUCCACUUCAUGUGAAACUUGGCAUUGUCAAAAGUUUUCUGAAAACUGUGGCUAAGCGACAGGAAGUUUACUUGGUUUUAGGUGAAAUUUUCCCUGGACUCAGCGAGAGUAAAUUAAAAGAAGGAGUUGUGAAUGGGCCAGACAUUCGGAAACUCGUGAAAACUCAAGCAUUUGACAAAGUUUUGAACAAAAACGAACUAACUGCUUGGCAUUCAAUAAAAGAAGUUAUUGGAGGCUUGUUGGGAAAACAUCGCUCUGAAGACUAUGAACGCUCUGUUCAUACUAUGUUGAAUAAGUUUUCCGAAAUUGGUGUGAACAUGUCGCUGAAAAUUCACUUCUUGCACCACCAUCUGGAUUAUUUCGGUCGACAGUUAGCCACCGAGUCGGAUGAACAGGGUGAGCGUUACCACCAAGUUGCUAUACCAUUUGAAAUCACAUUUCGAGGGAAAAAAACGCCCGACGCAGUUCUCGCGGAAAUUUGUUGGUGGAGCAAGAAUAUUUUCGAAGACGAUUAUCACGGAGAAGAAGGAGACAGAGAAGAGACAGAAAGAAAAACAGAAGAUGUCAAUUUAGAUGCAGACCCUGACGAUGACAGCGAAAAUAGCGAUCAUUGUCCACUUCAAUUAGAAUCAAAAAGAGCUCGAACGACAUAGAUGCUAUUCCUUUUUUGUAUAUUCCAUGUAAUGUUUUAAGUGAUUAACGAAAAAAAUAAGUAAAAAAGAAGAUCGUUUACUUUACCACAUGAAAUAUAUUGCAAAAAUUGAGUCAAAAUGCGAAAAGUAUACUGAAAAAGUACCAAACAAGCUUUAUAACUACUAAAAGGUAAA